AUGCAUAUGUUUCUUACUGCUAGCCUUCUAAUUCCAUACUUCACAUUUUCUCUUUCACUCUUCCUUACUGUCUAUCUGAUUCCCUUCCCUUUCCUUUCCUAUACUCACUCUCUUUCUUUCUUCCUCUGGUCUGAAUCCUUUUCUAUCAACCUCUCCUUUCUUUCCAUCCCCUUUCUUUUCUUCAUUUCUUUACCUCUCUUUCUCCAAAUUAUCUGCUCCCUUUCCCUUCUCACUCUCUCUUCUCUAUCCUUCUUUGUCAUCCUCUCUUCACUUUCCAUCUUUUUCUUUUCUUCAUUUAUUUACCUAGCAUUCUUGAAACACUUCCUCUCUAUCAUCUCUAUCCUUUUCUAUCAUCCUGUCCUUUUUUCUCUUUCUUUAUCUUUCAUAAUUAUCUGUUUCAAUUUCACCCUCGCUUCUCUAUGCUUUUCUAUCAUCCACUCCAUUCUCCUUUCUUUUCUUUCUUUACCUCACUCUCUUUUUCUCCAGAGCCUAUGUUUCCCUUUACCUUUCACUCUCUCUUCUCUAUGCUUUUUUGUCAUCCUUUCCUCUCUUUCCAUCCUCUUUCUUUUCUUCGGUUUUUACCUCUCUUUCUCCAAACUAUCUACUCUUUCUCUCUCUUCUCUAUCCUUCUCUCAUCUUUUUCCAUAUUCUUUCUUUUUUUACAUUUCUUUACCUUACAUUCUCCAAACUAUCUUCUCCCCUUUUCCUCCUCUCUCUCUCUCUUGUCUCCAUCUGUUUCAAUCAUUCUCCUCUCUUUGCAUCCCCUUCAUUUCUUUACCUCACUUUCUCCAAACUAUCUACUUCACUUUCCCUCUCACCCUCCUCUUCUCUUCCUUUCUUUCUUUAGUCCUUUCUUUCUUUCUUUCUUUUUCUUUUUUCUUUCUUUCUUUAGUUCUUUCUUUCUUUCUCCAACCUAUCUUCUCUUUUCCUCUUCUCUCUCUUCCACUUUAUCUGCUUCCCUCUCCAACACCUCACUCACUUCUUCUUCCUCUCUCUUCUCUCUCUAUCCUCACUGAUUUCCUAUGCUCUCUCUAUCUUACUUUCAUCUUUUCACCUGACUCUUCUUCUCUUUCUAUCCUUUUCUUCAUGAUUUCAUUUCUCUUCUUGCCUCCCCUCCCUCCUACCUUUCUUUCUGCCUCUUUUUCUUCUGUUUUCAAGUGUUCAGAAUAG